GAUUCUCAGCUUGGAGUGCGUCUUCCCACCCCUGCGUCCAGCAGGAGUGAGGAGGAGGAGGCGGCAGCACGCUUUUCUCGGCGGGAGCAGCAGCAGCUGCCUGGAGUGGGGCCGAGGGGAUCCGGGUGUUGGCCUUGGGCUGAAAGCCUUAUGCUGCACAUGUUUUUGUUUAACAGGUUUGCCUGUUUGCCCAGAGCUGACUCGAGAGCACAUUCCUAAAAGCAGGGAUGUGGGUCACUUUUUGUCUGUUACUGGGACUGUCAUACGUACCAGUUCGGUGAAAGUUUUGGAGUUUGAACGAAAUUAUAUCUGCAACAAGUGCAAGCACGUGUUUGUCGUCAAGGCUGACUUUGAACAGUACUAUGCAUUCUGUCGCCCGUCGGCCUGUCGUAAUGAAGAAGGCUGCAACUCCACCAAGUUCACGUGUCUCUCUGGAACAACCUCUUCUACCUGCUGCAGAGACUAUCAAGAAAUUAAAAUUCAGGAACAGGUUCAAAGACUGUCUGUUGGAAGCAUCCCUCGGUGCAUGGUCGUUGUUCUGGAAGAUGACUUAGUGGACAGCUGCAAGUCUGGAGAUGACAUCACAGUGUAUGGAGUGGUAAUGCAGAGGUGGAAACCUUUCCGUGAGGAUGCACGCUGUGACUUGGAGCUUGUUUUGAAAGCCAACUAUAUUAAAGUAAAUAAUGAGCAGCUAGCAGGAGUUGUAAUUGAUGGAGAAGUCCGCAAGGAAUUUGAAGACUUCUGGGAAAAGCAUAGGGAUGAUCCCUUAGCAGGGAGGAAUGAAAUUUUGGCUAGCUUAUGUCCUCAAGUGUUUGGACUGUACCUGGUGAAGCUGGCCGUAGCCAUGGUGCUUGCUGGUGGUGUCCAGAGGACUGAUGCUACUGGGACUCGAAUCAGAGGUGAAUCGCAUCUUUUGCUGGUUGGAGACCCAGGUACAGGGAAAUCUCAGUUUCUCAAGUAUGCAGUAAAGAUUAUGCCACGUUCAGUGCUCACUGCAGGAAUCGGAUCUACAAGUGCAGCUGUGGAAGUGGACCGUGAUAUUGAACACAUAUUCUUGUGUGUAAGGAGCUUGGUAUGA